GCACCUCUCGUGGCGACCCCCGCGGCCCCUUCUUCGAGGGGUGCUCCCCUUCCCCCCUCCUCCCCCCCUCCUCCCUCUGUCGCAUCUGCUGCUGCUGUCGACCUCCUUGGUGCUGAGAAGGUCGGGGCUGCGUCUGCUUCAGGCGGACGACGCAGGGGCAGGAGUGGCAGGAGUGGGGGUGGUGGCGGAGGAGGCGGAGGUGGAGGUGGUGGCGGUGGAGGUGCGACUGGAGAGGCUAGUGGCGGCAGUGGUGGAGGUGACAGCGGCGUUGGGAGUGGUGACAGGGGCGGAGGUGGCAGCGGAGGCGGAGGUGGUCGUGGCAGCGGCAGGGGUGGAGGUGGCCGGGGCGGAGGCGGAGGGGGUGGUGGUCGUGGAGGCCCGGGGGGCGACGUGUGGGGGGCCGCACCAGACGGAGCGCUGCUUCGCCCGCCUCAACGACGCGUGGCGCACCCAGUUUCCUGGUGGGGGUGAGCUGCCGCGCUGGGCUGAGCUGCUCAGGAAGGGUGUUGAUAUUUGGGCACUAGACUUUGAUGCUAUUCUCACUGCCAUGUAUGCGAUGUCUAUUAGUGGAGAGGGUGCUCAGUACUUGCGUGUUCCGCCCGACCCGGGCAUUCAGGCCAGCCCCGCUGCUGCUCUAGGUGCUUGUGCGUCUGUGCCCCCUGGUACUGAGUCGACUGCAGCACUGCACACCUUCACACUGGACUCAGGUGCUUCUCGCUCCUUCUUUCGUGACCGCACUGUCCUUGAGCCUCUAGCUCGGCCGGUUGCUGUCUCUCUUGCUGACCCCUCUGGGGGUCCGGUCCUUGCGACCUCCUCCACCACCCUUCCGUGUCCAGCGGUUCCGUCCGGCACGCUCUCAGGUCUCUACCUCCCCUCGUUCUCCACGAACUUGGUGGCAGGUAGUGCGCUCCAGGACGGGGGUGUUCACCAGUUCACCCCUGCCUACGAGCGUGUGACUCACUGCACGUGUGCUCGGACGGGCCGCCACCUAGCUACUUUCACUCGAGAGCCGGGGUCUGACCUGUACACACUGACCACUGAGUCCCCUCAGGUAGCUGCGUCUGCGUCAGCGUCAGGUCAGCUGUCCGCCCCCUGCUCGUGUCGCUCUCUGGCGAACGACACCGUCCUCUGGCACCACCGCCUUGGUCACCCGUCUGUGCAGCGCCUGCGGGCCAUGCACAAACGGGACCUUGUUGCUGGUCUUCCCAGGGUGCUCCCUCCCCUUCCUGACUCCCCUGCUCCUGACUGCAUUCCCUGUGUCGAGGGGCGGCAGCGCGCCGCUCCUCACUCCUCCUCCUUUCCCCCGACGACCGCUCCCCUGCAGACGCUCCACAUGGACGUGUGGGGCCCAGCCCGCGUCCGUGGUCAGGGUCAGGAGAGGUACUUCCUGAUAGUUGUUGACGACUACUCGCGCUACACCACGGUCUUCCCCUUGCGCGCCAAGGGUGACGUCCCUGGUGUUUUGAUCCCCUGGAUCAGCCGAGCCCGUCUCCAGCUAGGCGAGCGCUUUCACUCGGACUUUCCUGUCCUGCGCUUGCACUCUGACAGAGGUGGUGAGUUUGCCUCCGACCUCUUGGCAGCCUACUGUGCUGAGCACGGCAUUGAGCAGUCGUACACGCUUCCGGCCUCUCCACAGCAGAAUGGGGUUGCUGAGCGCCGCAUUGGCUUAGUCAUGGAGGUCGCUCGUACCUCCCUGACCCAUGCGGCUGCUCCCCACUUUCUGUGGCCGUUUGCGGUCCGGUACGCUGCGCAUCAGCUCAACCUCUGGCCCCGUGUCUCCUUGCCGGAGACUUCCCCGACUCUGCGGUGGACGGGAGAGGUUGGCGAUGCGUCGCGUUUCCGGGUGUGGGGAUCCCGAGCUUUUGUCCGCGACACGUCUGUGGACAAGCUCUCCCGUCGCGCUCUUCCCUGUGUCUUCCUUGGCUUUGUUCCCGACGCGCCUGGAUGGCAGUUUUACCACGUCACCUCGCGCCGGGUUCUGGCCUCUCAGGACGUCACUUUUGACGAGUCCGUCCCCUUCUACCGCCUCUUCCCCUACCGCACUGCCCCCCUCCCCCCUCCGCCGCUCUUCCUCGCUCCAGACCCGGGUGAGCCUGUCGAGGUAGCUGUUGACUCGCGUCCUGCGUCUGGGGGUGCUGAGCCUGGGAGUGCUGAGUCUGGGGGUGCUGGGCCUGGAGGUGCGGAGCCUGGGGGUGCUGAGCCUGGGGGUACGGAGCCUGGGGGUGCUGAGCCUGGGGGUGCGGAGCCUGGGGGUGCGGAGCCUGGAGGUGCUGAGUCUGGGGGUGCUACGUCUGGGGGUGCUGAGCCUGAGCGUGCUACGCCUGGAGGAGCCCUCUCCUCCCAGCAGCUGCAGGAGAGGUACCUCGAGUACUGCCGCCUCCGGAGAGGUGCUGCUGGAGCUCGUCCCGGUACUUCCCCUCCUUCCCAGGAGCUCCCCCCCAUUCAGGUGAUUCGAGAGUGGUACACACGGCGCUGCAGUCUUCGGAGUGGUCCUCCUGGCGCUGCGGACCCGGGCGUUGGAGCUGCUACAGGUGCUGAGGACCCGGACGUUGGAGCUGCUCCUGGUGCUGCGGACCCGACUGGUGGCGCUGCUGCUGGUACAGAGGACUCGGACGUUGGAGCUGCUGCUGGAGCUGAGGACCCGAGCGGUGGCGCUGCUGCUGCUGCUGAGGACUCGGGCGUUGGAGCUGCUACUGGUGCUGAGGACCCGGGCGUUGGAGCUGCUACUGGUGCUGCGGACCCGCCUGGUGGAGCUGCUGCUGGUGCUGACGACCCGACCGGUGACGCUGCUGCUGGUGCUGCGGACCAGGGCGUUGGAGCUACUGCUGGUACUGAGGACUCGGGUGUUGGAGCUACUGCUGGUGCUGAGGACUUGGGCGCUGGGGCUGCCGCUGGUGUCCCUGCUGCUUCUGGAGACGCUGCGCGGCCGCGACCGUACUUCGUCCCGCUCCUUCAGCAGGUUCUUGGUCAGGCUCCUCCUCCUGGUCCUCCUCCCUCCGUCGAGGGUCCUCUACCUGUCCAGCCGCAGUCACAGUUACCGCCCGCCUCGCCUCUCCCUGCUCCCUCUCCUUACGCUGGUCCCACAGGAGGUCUUACAGAGCGUCGUGAGCCUGAGUCUCGUCCCGCGUCGCCUGUUCGUACCGCUCGCACUGGUCGUCGUGUCCCACGUGAGCGUCCUCCUCCUGUCCCUGGCACUCACUACAUGACUCUGCGUCCCUCCACUGCUCCGCAGCGUGUCCCGCUGCCGUCUCCUCCUGCGUCCUCCCUACCUACUCUUCCUGACCCGGAGUCUGACUCCCGUCGUGCUGCCAGUCCCACUGUUACGCGUCUCCUUGCUACCGUUGUCACUGACCCUUCUUUUGAGUCCGCCGCUGCGUCUGCUCUGGUCGCUGAGUUAGUUGACUUUGCUGCUUGCUGUCGCCUAGACUACGCUGCUAGCCUAGUGGCUGAGUCUGAGUCUGAGUCUGCCUGUCCUCCGUCCGUCGGGGGUGCGUGUGCUCUUGGCACGGACGUCCUUGAGGACAGACAGGAGGAGUUCCAUUGCUUUGCUGCUGCUUUGCCCCAUCUCGUGUCCAUGCUAGUUGCCCCUGAGGGAGACCCGGAUGCACCAGACAUCCCGACCCCACGCACUUACGCUGAGGCGAUGGCGGGUCCCUACUCCUCUCAGUGGCAGACGGCCAUGGACGCCGAGAUGGCUUCCUGGAAGUCCACACGCACCUACGUCGACGAGGUUCCCCCUCCUGGGGCGAACAUCGUCAGUGGCAUGUGGAUUUUCAGGGUGAAGCGGCCGCCGGGUUCUCCGCCUGUCUUCAAGGCGCGUUACGUGGCUCGAGGCUUCACCGCUCAGCGCGACUACGAGCUUCACUCACUUGACUUCAGCACUGCUUUCUUGCAGGGCAGCCUGCACGAGGAGAUCUGGCUGCGCCGCCCACCUGGCUUCACUGGGUCGUUUCCUCCUGGUACCCAGUGGAGGCUUCAGCGGCCGGUCUACGGUCUCCGCCAGGCUCCGCGUGAGUGGCACGACACACUGAGGACUACACUUGCGGCUCUUGGGUUCGCGCCUUCUACAGCUGACCCGUCGCUGUUCCUGCGCACCGACACUUCGCUGCCGCCGUUCUACAUCCUCGUGUACGUCGACGACUUAGUCUUUGCCACUGCUGACACUGCAGGACUUGCCUACGUGAAGUCGGAGCUGCAGAGGAGACACACGUGCACAGACCUGGGUGAGCUGACAAGCUAUCUUGGCUUGCGGAUCACCCGGGACAGAGCACGGCGCACCAUCACCCUGACUCAGUCACACAUGGUGCAGCAGGUUCUCCAGCGCUUCGGCUUCACGUACUCCUCGCCUCAGUCCACUCCUCUGCCUACCGGUCACUCGCUCUCAGCUCUGCCUUCGGAUGAGUCCGUAGAGUCGAGUGGCCCGUACCCAGAGCUUGUGGGCUGCCUCAUGUACCUGAUGACCUGCACUCGACCUGACCUUGCAUACCCUCUUAGCAUUCUUGCACGCUAUGUCGCUCCUGGCCGUCACAGGAAGGAGCACAUGGAUGCCGCUAAGAGGGUGUUACGCUACUUGUGCAUUUCUUGGCGCUCUACACGCUCUUCUUCUGUUCUCAGCUCCAGUUGCGAGGCUGAGAUCUACGCCACAGCCAUGGCUGCCCAGGAGCUACGCUGGCUGACCUACCUGCUGACCGACCUUGGGGAGCGGCCUCGUUCUCCUCCAGUGCUGUACGUCGACAACCAGGCAGCCAUUGCCCUGUGUGAGGAGCACAGACUGGAGCACAGAACGAAGCACAUCGCUCUGCGGUACUUCCUUGCUCGAGAGCUGCAGCAGCGAGGUCAGCUUCGUCUGCGUUACGUGGCCACCGAGGCCAACCUUGCUGAUGUGUUCACCAAGGCACUUCCGCCUGUUGACCAUCAGCGCUUUUGUACUCUUCUGGGCCUUGUGCCUACUGGACCUCACUUGCUCACUUCUUGA